UUACGGGAGGGCCAGCGGUAGGGGUUUGUUUGUUUAAUUUCGGCCGCUACUGGCGCUAUCUUGAUGGAUCCGGAUCGCCAUUAGAAACUUAAUACCAUUAUAACCAGAAUUCCCCGAACUAAUCAGAUAAAAUGUAGCCGUUUACACCUCAUGAACUAAUUCCUAAAAUGGGGUUUUUGUAACCCAGAUCUAAUGUGUUGAGCGCCACAGUUCAGAUAGAAUGCUCUCCCUUAUAUUUCCUAAAUCCAAUUCGAUUAUGAUGCAAACUUUCUUCUGGUGCGUCCUCUGCUGCAGUUCCUGGGGCGCUGCUCUCAAGGCCAGACCAUCCACCCAUUCCCAUGGCCUGGUGCUAAACGAGGCCUACAACGAGGUCGUGCGCAAUCUGAUCAAGAACUGGGAGUCCCCGGUGGUCUACCUCAGGGACAAAGGCUUCCUGCCCAGGGACUACGAGGACACGUCCAAGAUCAAGCCCAACCUGGACGCUCUGAUGCAGCGCAUGGAGCGGGGCACGAGGAACCAGGCGAAGGACAAGCCCGCUGCCAAAGGGGUCAGUAUCGGGAUACGGCCCAGGGAAAUGCGGAAUAUGCCGUCGCGGAACGAGAGGGGCCUGAAGGCGGGCUAUGCGCCGCCUAGUCUGGACAAGCCCAUGGCGGUGGACGGCAAGGGCCCCAAGUUCGAUGACCAGGAGACGCAACUGCUGGCGAUGAAGAGCCGCCUGGAGCAGAUGCAGCCACUGAACACGAAGCCAGCUCUGCCAGAGUCCAAGAGGCAGAGCCACGUCCGGCUGACGGCAAAGUCCAUGAAGCCAGUGUUCACAGGCCGAACCUACGACGAGAUGUUGCAGCAAAUGAUCGACCGGACGAACCCCAUGUCCAAGCACGCCAAUCGAACCAACACUUUGGAGCAGGUGAUGCACGCUUUGGAGGGAAAUUCCAAGGUGCCGGAGAAGCUUCUGGGGCUGGGCUCCGUGGGCCUGAACAUCUACACCGGUGCCAGUCCGCUGGAGAGGUUCAUCCCGUACCUGGGCGGUGCAUCGAACGGCAAGUCCAAAGGCAAGGAGAAGGAGGCGCCGGGUAAGGUGGAAACAGGGCUGGCGGCGCCCAACUACCUGAACUGGGACAUGAAGAACGGACGCCUCGACCAUUACUCAUCGAUCGAGAAGGAGGCCUAUCUGAAUCAGUUGGUCAGAACGUUUGGCCAGAAGCUGGUAUCCAAAGAAAUCCAGUCGAAAGGGGAUACCAAGAUCCCGACUUCCUAGAACUGCUUCCCUGUUCUUUGUUCGGAGACCCAAGUUACCUGUUCGUUGCCGUUCCUUUCUGGCUUAGCUUUUCCAUGAAAUUUUCGACGUCAUACCCAUGGCAUCCGAAAGUGUAA